AAUGUCAAAGUGUGCCGCGAAAUCCGAAAUGCUAGCGUCUGAGUGACUGUGACCUAGAUCCCCCCAUCCCGUCCCCACACUCGAUGGAGCUGGGCGGCGGCGGCGAGAGCGCCACCAAGCGCGCGAGGCUCUCCUCCGACGAUGCCGCCGCCGCCGCAGGCGAGGACCGGCUCAGCGCGCUCCCCAGCGACGUCCUCGUCCUCAUCCUCCUCAAGCUCAGCACCCGCGCCGCCGCCUGGACCAGCGUCCUCUCCCGCUCCUGGCGCCAGGUCUGGGCGCUCCUCCCGACGCUCAGCUUCGACGAAACCGCCGACCCAGGCCAGCUGCGCGACGCGCUCGACGGCCACGAGGUGUCCGUCCGCAGCCUCCUCGUCGGGGCCGACGGCGCCGCCGCCGAGUCCCUAGGGGUCUGGCUCCCCGCCGCCGCGCGCCGCGUCUCCGGCGACCUGUCCCUUUACAGCUACGCUCGGGUCGAGGAGGAUGAGGACGACGAGACCCCUCAAAGUGGCAUCUUUGUGCUCCCCUGCUUCGAGAAGGCCACCUCCAUCACGCUCUUCUUGAGCUUCCACGGCGUCGCCGUGCCUCGCGCUGGCGUCUUCGCCCGGCUCGCCGAGCUCCACCUGCACCGCGUCUGGUUUCACGGCCCGGGCGAGCUGGGCGACGCCGUGUCCACUCCGAGGUGCCCGUGCCUGCAGAGGCUCACCGUCGACGAUGCCCGGGGCCUGGCCGAUCUCAAUCUCGCCAUACGUUCGGAGACUCUGCUGGAGGUGGAGCUCAGGAACCUGUGCACCUUGUCUCGGCUCACCGUGGCGGCGCCGGCACUCAAGGAGUUAGCUGUGGUGCUUUGUUUUGGCAAGAAUCGACCGGUCGCCAACAUCUCUGCCCCUCGGCUGACGAAUCUUGACUGGGGUGAUGAAUACGAUCCCAGCUCUGUCCACUUUGGCAAGAUGGAACAUCUCCGGUCGCUGAGCACUAACUCUUAUCUUGUUUAUGCAAACUAUGCCUUCAUACACAAUCACUUUUGGUUAAGUCUCUUGCAGCGCUUUGAGGGGAUCCAGACUCUUUCCCUAAUGCUCAUGUAUCUGCGGGAUAUAGAGAACUAUCAAUACAUGAUGGAAUACUUGACAGUGCUCCCUGACAUUACAUUUUUGCGCCUGAGGAUAGUUGCAAAUGGACAUGCCUUUGAGGCCAGCGCAUUCCACAUUCUCAGAUUGUGUACUGGUAUAAGAAGGUUGAUGCUACAAUUUGGCUUAGAGAUAAAGCUAUUCUUUGUUUACCUAAUACUCCAUCCAGACACAGAAAAAAGGUCCGAACUGUAUGCUCAUCAGAUUGCAUAUGUGAUCAGCAGCCAGCAGACUGGGAAACCGAGGAACUCUUGUUGAAUCACCUUGAAGAAGUAGAAAUCACUGGAUGGACAGGAUCUGAACAUGAAGUUGCUUUUAUGAAACGACUUUUCAAUUGGGGAGCAAGGCUCAAAGAGAUUACAGUAAAUUUCUGUUUUACAACCUCUGAAAUCAAGGCAAAGGAGUUGUACCAAAUAUUUCAGAGUUUCUGUAGGUCAGGAAUAUGCACGAAAUUUUACCUAUAUCAGAAGAAGCGUGGGAAGGUGUUAUAUGCACCUGACCACUAGCACACCAAAUUGUCACUGUAGGCAAUUCUUUGUGGUUUAUGUUUUCUUGUUAUGAACCGUACUGUAUGAGAGCAUCAAAAGGCUAGAAGAUCUUAAAGGAAAAUGUUGAGGUCCAUUAUAUUUUGUAUUUUAUUUGGG